AUGCAUAGGACAUAUUCAGUGAGAAGCACACGUACAUCAGGUACUUCCCAGGCAAAUACAAUACCUGUGCCUGUAUCAUCAACAAAAAGUAAUCGAUUUUUUGGAUUAAGAUCUAUUGGACAUUCAUUUAGAAAAUCAUCAGCAGCAAUAUUUGCACCUGAACUUGCUAAACGUCUUGCAGUUCUUAUUAAAAUGGAAAAAAAUGUUAUGCGUUCUUAUGAACUUGUUGGUCGUGAGCGCAAAGAAGUUGCUAAACAGUUAUCUUUAUGGGGAGAAGAUUGUGAUGAUGACAUUUCUGAUAUUACUGAUAAACUUGGUGUUCUUAUUUAUGAAAUUGGUGAACUAGAAGAUAGUUUUAUUGAUCGUUAUGAUCAAUAUAGAAUGACAAUGAAAUCAAUUCGUAAUAUAGAAGCAUCUGUACAGCCUUCUCGUGAUAAAAGACAAAAAUUAAUUGAUCAAAUAUAUAUGUUAAAACACAAAGAACCAGAUUCUCAAAAACUUUUAGUUUUGGAACAAGAACUUAUUCGCAUUGAAGCCUCUUGUCUUGUUGCUGAGGCACAAUUGAAUAAUACUACAAGAGAGAAGCUAAAGACAGCCUUUACAUAUCAAUUUGAUGCAAUAAAGGAACACUCAGAAAAAUUAGCGUUAAUAGCAGGAUAUGGAAAAUAUUUGCUUGAGCUUUUAGAUGAUACUCCUAUAACUCCAGGAGAAAGCCGUGCAACAUAUGAUGGCUAUGAACAAUCCAAACAAAUAAUUAUUGAAUGUGAAAAUGCACUUUCUCAAUGGACUUUUGAAACAUCAACUAUAAAACCCACUUUAUCACUUCAUCACAAAGCGGAUGAUGCUAAUGAUAAUCUUUCAAAUCAAAAUAAAAACCUUCAACAUGAUUCCUUCUGGACUAACAAUGAAGAACAUGAACAAACCCGGGAAUUGGAAGAGUCAAAUAAAAUUAUUCUUGCUGCAUAA